UGUCGCAUAUUCAUAAAGUUCUCACUAAGACCACCUUUUUCAGCCUCAUUUGCUAAAGAUACAAGCUUUUUACUAUAAAGAAUGGCUACUGCAUCAGCCUAUGCUAUUUUCAGGCCUUCGUCCGUCAAGCCACCAGUUACCUCCACCGCUGCCGCCACUUCACUGGCUCAAAAGCUGCUUUCGUUUAAGCAAACAAACCCUCUUUUAUCUCAAACCCUUAAACUUUCCAACUCCGCCGCCGCCGUUGCCGGCAGUUCAUCCGCUAGAAGAUCAUUCUCAUGCAAGAGCCAAACCGACCCAUCAGCAGCUAAGAUUCAAGAACUGCACGUGUAUGAGAUCAACGAGAGAGAUCGCGGCAGCCCUGCUUAUCUUCGACUGAGUCAAAAAACUGUCAAUACCCUUGGCGACCUUGUGCCUUUCAGCAAUAAGGUAUAUACCGGAGACCUGCAGAAACGAGCAGGAAUAACUGCCGGAAUAUGCGUUCUGAUCAAGAACGAGCCGGAGAAGAAGGGUGACCGGUACGAGGCGAUCUACAGUUUCUACUUCGGCGAUUAUGGUCAAAUAGCGGUCCAGGGACCCUACUUGACCUACGAGGACACCUAUCUGGCUGUGACUGGUGGUUCGGGAAUAUUCGAAGGGGUGUAUGGACAAGUAAAGCUGCAGCAGAUUAUUUUUCCUUUCAAAUUGUUCUACACCUUUUAUCUGAAGGGCAUACCGGAUCUGCCGGCAGAGUUACUGGGUAAGCCGGUUGUUCCGUCGCCCGCGGUGGAGCCCACGGCGGCUGCCAAGGCCUGCGAGCCCGGCGCUACCGUCCCAAAUUUCACUGAUUAGUUGAUGAUUAACGAGGACGGUGCAAUAAUGUUAGGCCAUGUUUGUUUGUGUAAUAAAUUCACCUUUUUUUUUUCUUUUUUCUUUUUUUGUGAAAGAUGAUAAUUAACUAUUUUCUCUAUGAGGAAAGCUUUAUCUGAUGGUGGUGAAAUUUUGGAAUAACAUUUUGCAAUGA